CGCACAGGAGCCGGGGCCUCAGGCAGCCUGUCGCCUACGCUCCUCCGCUGCUCCGCUCUUCCGUCCUCCGCGUGUGCCCGCCAAGCAUCCUUCUUCCCGACCCUCCCGAAAGGCGGCGCCGAAGACCCGACCCAUCCGGACCGCAAAUCCCGAAACCUACGCGCUUCCUCGGCGGGGGAAGCCUGACGCGCGGUUACGGCGAGCUUUGGGGCGACUUGCUUUUCUCACCUCCAAAACUGCCAUUUCCCUCUCUCUCAAAGCCAGACGUUACGUUUGCAAAGCUACUGGACUUUAAUCUUUAAAACAAUACCCCGCUGGGCGUGGCUAGCGGGGCUGGCCGAGCGGCCCAGGAAAGUUGGCCUGGGCUGGGAGUGACUCGUUUUGUGCCUGAAGAGAGAGAGGAAGAGUGUGAGGGCAUCGCAUCCUCGGGAGGAGAUGCUUUUGAAACACCAUCCGUUAGCAGCCAUACAAACACUUUCCUGUUGCUUUGUUUUGUUUAUACACUGAGUGACUUUUCGGUGAAAUGCUAUUUUGGUUACAGGAAGAAAUGGCCCCCCAGGAGCUCAGCCGGCGACUGGCCACAGUGAUCACUCAUGUCGAUGAAAUCAUGCAACAGGAAAUCAGGCCUUUGGUGGCAGUGGAUAUAAUUGAACAACUUCACAGACAGUUUGCCAUUCUCUCAGGAGGCCGAGGGAAAGACGGUGCCCCCAUCAUCACUUUUCCAGAGUUUGUGGGGUUCAAACACAUCCCAGAGGAAGACUUCCUGAAUGUCAUGACCUACCUGACUAGCAUCCCCAGUGUGGAGGCUGCCAGCAUUGGAUUCGUCAUUGUUAUUGACCGACGAAGGGACAAGUGGAGCUCCAUAAAAGCAUCAUUGACACGAAUAGCUGUAGCAUUUCCAGGAAAUUUGCAGCUUAUAUUCAUCCUUCGUCCAUCUCGCUUUAUCCAGAGGACAUUCACUGACAUUGGCAUUAAGUAUUAUCGAGAUGAAUUUAAAAUGAAAGUGCCGAUCAUUAUGUUAAACUCUGUCUCUGACCUUCAUGGCUACAUUGACAAAAGCCAACUGACAGAAGACUUAGGGGGAACUUUGGAAUAUCGCCAUAGUCAGUGGAUAAAUCAUCGAACUGCCAUUGAAAACUUUGCUGUGACAUUGAAGACCACUGCCCAGAUGCUCCAGAUGUUUGGGGCCUGCCUAGCCACAACAGAGCUGCCCAGGGGCGUGCUGUCCACUGAAGACCUCCUCAUGUCCCACACAGGGCAGCGGGACAAGCUGCAGGAUGAGCUGAAAUUACUUGGAAAGCAAGGGGCCACAUUGCUGUCAUGCAUUCAAGAACCAGCAACCAAAAGUCCCACCAGAAAACUCAAUCCCAAUCAGCUAGAGAAUGUAGCAACCAUGGAAAGGUUAUUACUUCAAUUGGAUGAGACAGAAAAAGCCUUUAAUCAGUUUUGGUCCGAGCAUCACUUGAAGCUUAGUCAAUGCCUACAACUACAACACUUUGAGCACAAUUUUCAUGAGGUUAAGCGUGCCCUGGACAAUUUGUUGGCAGAGCAGGCAGAGUUUACAGACAUCGGAGACAGUGUGAUACGUGUGGAGCAACUUCUUAAGGAACACAAAAAACUGGAAGGAAAAGGCCAGGAGCCCUUGGAAAAGGCCCAGCUGCUUGCAGUAAUUGGGGACCAGCUCAUCCAAAGCCACCACUAUGCGGCAGACUCCAUCCGACCCAGGUGUGUAGAGCUCAGGCACCUCUGCGAUGACUUCAUCAAUGAAAACAAGAAAAAAUAUGACAUUUUAGAAAAGUCCUUGGAGUUGCAUAGACAACUGGACAAGGUCAGCCAAUGGUGUGAAGCAGGAAUCUACCUUUUGGCUUCCCAAGCUGUAGACAAGUGCCAGUCACGAGAGGGAGUUGACAUUGCCUUGAACGACAUUGAGGCAUUCCUGGGCACCGCGAAGGAGUACCACUUGCCCAGCCACAUGGAGUUUUACAGCCAGUUCGAGUUGAUACUCACCCUUGACCUAAAGGCCAAAGCCCAGGAAGUCCUACAGAAGCUGGGUGAUGUGCAGGAAAUAUUUCACAAGAGGCAAAUGAGUCUGAUGAAACUGGCAGCCAGACAGACUCGCCCGGUGCAACCCGUGGCCCCUCAUCCUGAGUCCUCCCCAAAAUGGGUGUCACCGAAAACCAGCCAGCCCUCCACCUUGGCUCCUCUUCAGAGAACAUCUGAGGAACCUUGUACAGGGACAGUAGAAAAAGAUGAUAAAACUAAACUUGAAGUCAAGAAUGAAGAAAUACUGGAAAGCAGUCACGAUGGGGCAAACCCUGAGCCAGAGCAGCUUGACGGCCCUGCACAUCUUUCCCCCUCCAGACGCAUUAUACGUGACUUGCUUGAGACCGAAGAGAUUUAUAUAAAAGAGAUUAAGAGCAUAAUUGAUGGAUAUAUCACUCCAAUGGAUUUUAUUUGGCUGAAGCAUCUGAUUCCAGAUGUUCUUCAGAAUAACAAGGAGCUUCUCUUUGGGAAUAUUAGAGAACUUUAUGAAUUUCACAACAGGACUUUUCUAAAAGAAUUGGAAAAGUGCACCGAAAACCCUGCACUUCUGGCACGUUGCUUUCUCAAGAGAAAAGAAGAUCUUCAAAUGUAUUUUAAAUACCAUAAGAAUCUGCCCCGAGCUAGGGCAAUCUGGCAAGAAUGUCAAGACUGCGCCUUCUUUGGGGUGUGCCAGCGCCAAUUGGAUCACAAUAUCCCUCUUUUUAAGUAUCUUAGAGGACCAAGCCAGAGGCUUCUAAAAUACCAGAUGCUGUUAAAGGGUCUGCUGGACUUUGAGACUCCUAAGGAUUGGGAGAUAGACCCAGGAGACCAGGAAGGAGGUUCAGCUAAGAAUGGGCCAAAGAGGACCAAGGAUUCAGCAUUCUUAGCUGAACUACAACAAGCUUUGGCCAUGAUGGAGGAUUUGAUCAAGUCCUGUGAGUUGGCCGUGGACCUGGCAGCAGUCACUGGAUGUCCGGAUGACAUCAGGAAACUGGGCAAGCUGUUGAUGCAUGGUUCUUUCAGUGUCUGGACAGUUCACAAGGAUCGUUAUAAAAUGAAGGAUUUUAUUCGAUUUAAGCCCAGCCAGAGGCAAAUCUAUCUUUUUGAAAGAGGAAUCGUGUUCUGUAAGAUACGAAUGGAGCCCAGUGACCAGGGCCUAUCUCCUCAUUACAGCUUUAAGAAAUCCAUGAAGCUGAAGACACUUUCAGUUCGCCAGCUUGGAAGGGGGAGCAACAGAAAGUUUGAAGUUGCCAACCGAAAUGGACUUGAGAAAUACAUCCUGCAGGCAACUUCAAAGGAAAUCAGAGAUUGUUGGUUUUCAGAAAUAAGUAAAUUACUAAUGGAACAGCAAAACAAUAUUAAAGGCUGCUCCAGCAAGGAGUUUACCUACACCGAAACCUUUGACCGUCCGGAAGGUGCAGAAGAUAUGGAAAAGGAGAACAGUGCUCUGAGUCUGUCCGGACUCUUCCAGUUGGACGACAGUUAUGAAACGUGUUCCUCCAAAUCUGUCCUGGAAACGGGAGAAAGCGUCCAGGGGAAAAAGGAAAGCGGCGAUGAGGACGUUUGAGUGUGAAAGAGAAAGAACAAACAGUAAGCGAAUCUGUUAGCCGUUGCUCCUCUGACUUUCUUCUUGGAAUUUUAGGCCAACAAACACAACUAAGGAGAGCGCUGCGGUGCCCGCUGCCUUGCUCGGCCCUGCGGGGGACGCGACUAGUUUCCGGGCGAAAGCAGAGCGGGCGAGGGAAGGAUGCCUGCGCACCCCUUCCCCCGAGAACUGACACCGGUUCUAGAACACCGCGGCUCCCCCGCUCGGCCGGGCCGCCCCACGCCGCCUCCA